AUGGCGUUAUUAAUAGGGUUUUUAUGUUAUGUUAAUGAAAUGGAUCAUGCACGACUAACAGUUAUGGAAGCAUUUUUUUUAGGAGUUUCAACGUCUACUGAUACAGGGUUAUUAACAUUUGACUUUUCAAUUACAAAAAUUAGUACUCAAAUAAUUGUAAUGAUUGGAGCAGAGUUAUGUGGAGUAUUUUUUGCAUCAACAUUAGUGCCUUCAGUGUGUAGAUGGUAUAGAUUAAAACAAAUUAUUAAACAACAAGAAUUAUUAAAUAGUGAUAGUACAAAUACAUUAGUUGAUUUUUCAUCAAGUGAAAGUAGUGAAACAACAGAUGAAACAAAUGAUGAAACGAAUUUACAAGUAUUUACAAGUGAAAUAGAACCAAUGCGAUAUGAUUAUAAAUUAGAAAUUAAAUCAUUAGAAUAUUUUAUUUAUAUUUUAUUAUUCUAUACAAUAUCAUUUAAACUUAUUGGAUUUAUUGUUAUAUUAAUAACUUGUUAUACUUCUAAUGAAACUAUAAAUUUCUUAAAUCAACAACAAAUAAAUCCAAUUUGGUUUAGUUUAUUUCAAACAAUAUCUUCAUGGAAUAAUUUAGGAAUGACUGUUAAUCAAAAUUCAUUAAAUCCAUUAAUUAAUGUUCAUUGUAUAGUAAUUACAUCUGUAUUUCUUAAUAUGACAGGAAAUAUAAUGAUUCCAAUUAUUACUAGAAUGUUAACAUUUAUUGUUCAUAGACUUUUUGAACAAAAAUCAAAACAUUGUUCAAAGCCACAACCAUUAUUAUAUAUUUUAAAAGCACCUACUAGAAUGUCAUUAUCUUUCUUCUCUUCUACACAAACAAAAUUAUUGUUUCUUGUUCAACUCUUUUUAAUUCUUCUUCAAACUAUUUUCUUUUCAUUGUUUUAUAAUAAAAAUGAUCUUUCACCUCUUUAUGUUGGAUUUGUUAAUUCAUCUUUUACUCGUACUGCAGGAUUUAGUAUAAUUAAUGUUCGUGAUUUAAGUCCACCUGUUAUAUUAACUUAUAUUUUAUCAAUGUAUAUUGCUGCUUAUCCAACAGUAAUUUUACGUCAAUAUCGUGAUAUUGAAGUAAAUGCAAAAGCUGGUUUAAUUCAUAUUCAAUCAAAUAUUACUACUAUUUUAAAAUAUGUAAAAAGUUUAUUUUUCUCACAUAUAAUUUGGUUUUAUACAGCAACUUUAAUAGUAAUGGCUUUUUAUUGUUCUGCUCAUACAACUGGUGCAAAUCAAUUAAUUGAUGUAAUGUUUGAAAUUUCAAGUGCUUUUGGAACUGUGGGAAUGUCAUUAGGAUCAUCAAAAGAUCCUUGUAGUUUUAGUGGAGAUGUUCCAAUCCCAGCACAAUUAAUUAUAUGCUUAGUUAUGAUAUUAGGCAGACAUAGAGGAUUUCCAACUCACAGUUAUCCAUUAGAUUAUUAUUCUUUUUGGAAAAAAGUUAAUUCUUAA